CCCGUAGUUGUCGCCCUUGAAAAAGACGUUCCCGGAAGGUAAUCCAAAAACCUAAAUUCGCAUAUCUUGAUAUAUAUUUAAGUGUUGAAAAUGAAUGAUAAGAUGAAUAAAUAAAAUAUUUCACGAGAAAACAUGUAGACAAGGAGACAUUAUGACAUGUGACUUGAAAAAAGACUAAUAUUAAUGAAGGGAAGUAAACAAAGCAACAAGUUCCAAAAAAAUGGCAGCACUUUACAAUGGGAAUCAAAUAGAAAACGAUGAUUGGGCCAGAUUCAGAAGUUUGGAACGUGGACUUGUUGUGACAAUAUUCUUUGGAAAGAAUAAAAGACCAGAGAAACGAACUUUGCAAGUGAGAAUAGAAACGAGGCAAUUGGUAUGGAUCCGAGCACAAGGAGGAAAACCAGAGGGAUCAUAUGAAAAACAACAGAAAAAUGAGAAAAUAAAGAAAACGAAGAAUAUAAUAAAUUUGCGGGAAGUGAGAGAAGUACGAGAAGGGAAAAACUCAAAAGAUUUUGAGAAGUGGCCGGACGAUGCCAGGAAGAUGGACAAUGCUCUCUGUUUUGUUAUUUUCUACGGAUCAGAAUUCAAACUUAAAAAUUUAUCUCUUGUUGCGUCCAGUUUAGAUGAGUACAGGACAUGGAAGUUUGGUUUACAAAAGUUGGAGGAAUCAGCUAAAAAUGCUACAUAUCAGAUACAGCUAGAAAGAUGGUUAAGAAGAGAAUUCUAUUUGAUGGAAAAGAGUGGAGCAGAUACAGUAACAUUGAAGCAUUUCAAAGCCUGGAUGCAGAAAAUAAAUUGUAAGAUAAACAACAGAGAUUUGAGAGACAAGUUCCAGGAAGUUGCUAAAGCGUCCGAAUCAAUACCGUACCAGUACUUCAUCUUGUUAUUUAAGAAAAUCAUACAUGUACCAUGGGUUAUUGAAAAUUAUUUAGAAACAUUUGCCGAUUAUCAGAAUUCUAAAAAAGUUAUCUCCCCUAGUAAAUUUCAGCAGUUUCUGAUGAAUGAACAAAAGGAAUCUUGGGCAGAAAAUACGGCACAAGUGAAGACAAUGAUGGUCGAUUUUGUGGCUGAUGCUAUGAGACAUAAAGGAAAUAUUUAUUUUGAAGAUAGUGAGUUUGAAGAUUAUUUAUUUUCAAGUGCAAAUUCAUUAUGGGACAGUCAAUAUGAUAAAGUGAAUCAAAAUAUGGAUUUACCACUUUCAAAUUAUUGGAUAGCUUCUUCUCAUAAUACAUACUUAACAGGGGACCAGGUAUCCAGUAACUCAUCAGUAGAUGCUUAUGUCAGAUGUUUGCGUAUGGGUUGUCGUUGUAUAGAGUUGGACUGUUGGGAUGGUCCAGACAGUUACCCAAGUAUAUUUCAUGGUCACACAUUGACAUCCAAGAUCAAAUUCUUAGAUGUGAUACAGGCUAUCAAAGAACAUGCUUGGACAGCUUCAGAUUAUCCAUUAAUAUUGUCAAUAGAAAAUCACUGUGGAUUAGGGCAACAAAGAAACAUGGCCAUGGCCUUCAAAGAUACAUUUGGAGAGGAUUUACUAAUGGAUCCAGUAGAACCACUGGAUUUUUCAAAGUUACCUUCCCCUUACAAGUUAAGGCGUAAAAUUAUCAUCAAGCAUAAAAAGCUACCACGAGAGGGAAGUGAGGACCAAUUUGUUACAGUCAGAAGCUCAGAGGAAAGGGACAAUGACAUCAGUAGUUCUGCCAUUAGAACAGGUGUACUUUAUCUAGAGGAUCCAAUGGAGCCUAAUUUCAACACAAAAUAUAUGGUAUGGCAUCCUCAUUUCUUUGCUUUGACAGCAACUAGAUUAUUUUAUACAAAAGAAACUGACCAAGACAAUGAUGAUGAGAUUGACGAAGAUUUAUUGUCUCAGUCUCAAACACAGAACCAGUCCAGUACAGAAUUACAUUACAGUGAGAGAUGGUUCCAUGGCAAGUUAGAAGGGGGUCGCAGGAAGGCUGAUGAGUUACUAAACAACCACAGUUACCUUGGAGACGGUACUUUUCUAGUCAGAGAAAGUGAAACUUUUAUAGGAGAUUAUUCACUGUCCUUCUGGAGACGUGGAGAAACCCAGCAUUGUAGAAUUAAAACCAAACAAGAGUUAGGGCAGUUGAAAUAUUACUUGAUAGAGACAGCAUUAUUUGAUAGUUUGUAUGAUCUUAUCACGAACUACAGAAACAACCCGGUACGAGGACAGGAUUUCUCGAUGCGUCUUUCAGAACCCGUUCCUCAGAUUAACAGUCACGAAGGAAAAGAAUGGUACCAUGACAACAUGGAGCGUGUAGAAGCAGAAGACAUGUUGAGACGUAUACAGAAUGAUGGUGCGUUCCUUCUACGACGUGGAGCACAAAAUAAUUAUGCAAUUUCAUUCAGGGCGGAUAAUAAAGUUAAGCACUGUCGUAUAGAAGUAGACGGCAGAUUAUUUGUGAUAGGAGAGGCGACAUUUGAAAGUUUAGUGGAUUUAGUGCAAUACUACGAAAAGAAUCCAUUAUAUAAUCGUAUAAAGUUAAAGUAUCCUGUUAACCAGACUGUAGUAGAAAGAAGGGGCUCUGAUUCAAGUGUUUCAGGGGGAGCUAUGGGUAUGAAUUACGUGAAUCCAAAUGACCUUUCCAAGGUGAUGUUACCAGAUGACGAUGAAAAUAGUAUCUAUGGGGAUGGAAUAUAUCACAGUCCAAAUCAGUUGGUAUCCAAGCUUAAAGUAAAAGCAAUAGCAGACUACCAAGCUAACAGAGCAGAUGAACUCUCUUUCAACAAAGGAUCCAUUAUAACCAAUGUCAACAAGGCUGAUGGAGGAUGGUGGCGUGGUGAUUUUAAUGAUAAAAGGCAGAACUGGUUCCCUGAACAUUUAGUUGAGGAGCUGGACCUCCCAGAGGAAUCAGAAGAUACUUCACCAUUAGGAGCUAUGCAGAAGGGCUUUAUAGACAUACAGGGAUGCAGAGUUGAAACAAGUGGAAGGGCUGACAAACCAUUUACAUUUAUGAUCUAUACACGUACAAGUCCUCAGCCACUAGAGGUCGCUGCUGAUAAUGAAAGUGAUAUGAGGGAAUGGAUGGGUAUGAUAUCUAAUUGUACACAGCAAACACAGCAAACAAAACAGAAAGAUAAACAGUUAGAGAGGAAGAAAUGCUUAGCCAGAGAUUUGUCUGAUCUGAUUGUAUAUGCUGUUGCUGUGCCAUUUGAUUUAGAUAGAGCCAUUAAAGGACCAAUCAACUGCUGUGAAAUGUCUUCCUUCUCAGAAAUAAAAGUUGAAAAAUAUUUAACAAGACACCAGGCUUCAAGCUUUGUAAAAUACAACACGAAACAAUUAAGUAGAGUAUAUCCAAAGGGAUCUCGUAUGGACUCCUCCAACUAUGACCCUGUGCCAAUGUGGAAUUGUGGUUGUCAGAUGGUGUCACUCAAUUAUCAGACUCCAGAUAGAUCUAUGCAACUGAAUGAAGGCAGAUUUAUGAGAAAUGGAAGGUGUGGGUAUGUUUUGCAGCCCGAGGUGAUGAGAGCAAAAGAUUACAGUCCAUUUAGUAAACAGUGCUUACAAAAUGUAGACCCACUCACGUUACAUAUUACUGUACUGGGAGCUAGACAUUUAUUAAAGUCUGGGCGAGGAUUUGCCUGUCCAUUUGUAGAAAUAGAAAUAGCGGGAACAGAAACAGAUAAUAGCAAGUUUAAAACACCGAAAAUUGAUGACAAUGGUUUAAACCCUACUUGGAGAGAAAAUUGUUCUAACACUUUUGACAUUACCUGCCCAGAAUUGGCACUAAUCAGAUUCUUCGUACAGGACGAAGAUGUAUUUGGUGAUCCUAAGUUUCUGGGACAGGCAACAUUCCCUGUUUCUUGUUUACGAUCAGGUUAUAGAAGUGUACCUAUACUGAAUGGUUAUAGUGAAGAAUUAGAAAUGGCUGCUUUGUUAGUGCAUAUAGAUAAAAAGAAUCCCAGAGAAAGUGAAGAGUCAGAUAUCUAUGCCUGUAUACAAGAUUUACGAGAUAAGAAGAAAGAUCUGGAGGAACAGAUUGGAACUUAUCAAAAGGAAGGAAAACAGCAGAGUGUUCAAAAAUUAAUGGAGGAACUGUCUCUUACGGAAGAAGAUUUAAUUGCAAAAAACGAUGAACGUCGUCAGAGAAAGAAAUAUCAGAAAAUCCUUGGAAUUGACGAUUUUAAACGUAGUCAUGAAAUGCAAUCUGCUGGCCAUUCGAGUAUCAAAAAACAAGAAAGUGUUGCUGCAUUUGGCCAUAGCCCCAAAAGGCACGAAAUCGUGAAGGCACAAAAUUCAGCCCCUAUGCUUGGACGGAAACAAGAAAGUAUGAAGGGUUCUGUGGAAGACUUAACAGCCAAGGGUGAUGAAGAAAAACGUGCUCAAAGGAAAAAAUAUCAAAGAAUUUUAGGUAUAGAUGAAGACAUAGCAUCUUCUGAGGAUGAAAAAAUGCUAAUGUACCAAAGAGUAGCAAAACAAGAGAAGAAUCAGUACUUUGAAAUUGAAGAGAUUCGUGCACAGAAGAAAAAACGUAGCAAAGAGAAAAAUUAAAAAGACUUCUAGGGAUGUCUCAUUAUGGAACAACCGUAUGAAUAAUUUCUACAAGGCCAAAAGUUGUGUAUAGGAGGACCUCAAAUAGUUAAAUACCUUAUCACCAUUUAUGACCAUGUGACUGAUCAUGUGACAGAGAUCUCAUCCUGAUUAACACUCAUCCAAUCAAAUCUUGUGAUACAUACAACAUAUGUGCUAUGACAAAGGGACAUUACUCAUGUUUAAAUUGUUGACAAUAUUGUUAUACAUUAAUAUUGUUUUGAUUGUAACUUAUCUAUUCCCAUCUGUAAGUGCUAAUUUUGCUUUUGAGCUAUGAUGAUGAGAAAACAAUCAUAAAUCUAAACGUAAAUCUCAUACUUGUAUGAGAUUCUACUAAAAUUUAAUUAGAAUAUCAAGUCAUUAUUGAUAUUCGCCCAACAGACAACACAAGUCUGUGUCCACACUUGUUAUAUAAAAAAAGCUUUUUGGUCCAAGCUUCAGGCCUAACAAUAUAUAUUUUUUUUUUCUUAGAAAUGUAAGCUUGGUUUACUAAUGUAGAAUUUUUCUCAUUUUUCUUCUUCAAAUAGCUCAAAAUGAAAAUAGAAUACAUUUGAUAAUGUGGUAAAGAAAAUGUGUGUAUUUACAUUAUUUCCACUCACUUGUAAAAUAAUUACAAGAUUUCAAAAAAAAAAUUCCCAAACGUCUCAUCUUUUGAUUGAUUUAAAAUAAACCAAAAUUGAUAAUUUUGGCAUGUUCAAGGCUGUUAUCUUACCAAAAAUUCCCUAGAUUUGAUAAUUGCCAAUUGUGAAGAGAUUUUUCUAUAUUAACAGUAUAUUGCAGUAGAAUUGCACGAGGUAAUUGAAAAGACAUUCAACAUCAUUAAAGACACUCUUACAUUAUAUAAUACACAGAAUUAUGUAAUUCUCUGAUACAUCAAUUGUAUGGUAGUAUACAUAUCCCUUUCUGAUUUAUACAAACAGUCAAGUUGCCAAUGACUAAUAACUAGUAUGUACUUGUAAAUGAAUUAGUAUACAAGGUUUAACAAAUAAAAUUUCUUUGUUUAUAAUCCAGGAGAUUAUAUAUAGCAGUUUGAUGCCAAUUUUUAUAUACUUUUUGACAAUGAUACAUGUUUCUGUUUGAAGUGUACUUAGCAAUGACAUCAACUCUUUGGUAAUUACACAUUAUGUAAUCAGCAUAAGUCAGAAAUUGAUAUUCUUCCCUUUUAUGAUAUUGGUGUCAAGUUAAAAAAAAAUUAAGAAUUAAUAUGCAAUUGUUUGUUGUGUACAGCCAAAAAAUCUAUAUACAAUAUAUACUGUAACUACCAAUGAAUUGUUUUUGUUAUUGCCCCCAUCUCUUUUUAUGUACAAAAGAGAAAUAAAUAUUGAAUUUUUUGCAACAUCAUUUUCUUUUGCUGUAAGAUUUGAUGUACGUCAGAAGCCUAAUUCUAAUCUAUGUAUGAAUGCUUUAGAAUAACAGCUUCUAAAAUUCCUAACCUAAGCUAGCUAUUUUUGUAUUAACAUCAAUCCUGACAGCAUUGAAUCAAUAGUAUGCAGAAGCAGAUUAUGGAGGUGGCCAGCAGGUUAAUGCAUAGACUUUUUACAAGUCCCACUCCUAAUUUUGUCUUGUUGGGUUCUCUUUUUCAAAAUCUUGGAUCUGCUUCUGGUAUGAUAGUAGAUAAAAAAAGGUAAAACAAGAAGAGGGGCCUCCUUUUUUGUUCUAAAUGCAGAAACCCUUUGUCUAUAUACCAAUUUUGUCUCUCCUAUGAAGAAAGUUGCUUACUUUAUCAUUUUGACAUUCUGUUUCUGACUUUGGCAAUAAAUGUUAAAGCUUGUGAUAAGAUUACGCAGGGGAGUGAUAUCUCUAUGUGUUUUUUUUUUAUAAAUAUUUUGGAAAUGAUUGAGAAAUGAGCUUGAAUUAUAUGUAGUGCUAAUGGGAGACAGCAGCAUUGAUGAUAUUUAUUUGUUAUACCUCACAUUCAAUUGUAGAGGUCAUCUGUGCCUCCUUCUGACCACCUGUCCAGUAUCAGGUUAAUUUUUUGGUUUUAGGUAGUUUUUGGUCAUAUCAACUUGAAAUUUAAUACACAUGUUCUUUAUGAAGUGAACUUUUUAAAAACAUGUGCCAAAUUAAGACUCAAGACAGUUAGUUCACUGAACAUUAAAAUGUGAUAGUUUGAGCAGGUAAUGGUGUUCCAUGGACACAUUCAUAUUUUGUUCUUCACUGCAAGAUCAGUUAAAAUAUAAACUAUAGUGUUUAGCCCUUUUGUAAUUCAUAGUCCUUGUUUAAUUUUAUGAGAGAUGGGUUACAUAUACUGUUAGAAUGUCUAUUUUCAGAUAGAUAUGGUCACUUUUAAAGUGGUAUCAUUUGAGAUUGUCUUUAUCAAUAUUGUAUCUAAUUAAAUGAUUCAAUUUAAAAUGUCAAAUAUAUCUUUAUAUUGGAAAUGUUUAUUAAGUUUGAUUUUUGUUAAACAUAAAUUACUUUAGUAUAUUGUGGUUAGUUCCAGACCAGAACAAUAUUCGACAAUUUAAUGAAAAAUCAAGUAUCUCUUACUGUGUCAAGAUUUGAAAUCAUGUAAUUAUGUUGGAAAUUUACCCAGUAGGUUGAUAUUUGUUUAACUUAAUGAUAAAAAUGUCAGUUUAUUUUGUGUCUUUUUUUUCCCUUUUUUUUAAAGAAAUUUUAAAUCUUUGAAGAGGAUGAUAUUUGUUUGAAUUAAUCAUUAGAAUAUCAGUUUUUUUGGGUUUUUUUUAACAAAUUUUCAAAUCUUCAGUUGACGUCUACUCACCUCCAAUUUUGAUGCUGAUAAACCUUCUAUUUUCGAGAAUUAAUCCCCCAAUUUCACACUCUCUAGGUAUUAUUUAUAAUAAGUAGUUUUUUUACCCCAAACAACAUUGACAUAUUAUUGUCAGCAAGGACUAUUAAAAAAGCGAUAUAGACUAUCCCUGACUAUCUAUAAUGAUGUUGUAGCCAAUUAUUAAUUAAUUAACGAUUAGGAUUUUGUUAAUUUAUAUGAUGAUUGUAAUGAUUUUCAAUUGUUAUUAACCAAAUUACAAAAAGUCAGAUUGAAGAUCAUUAAAGAAAAAAAAUGAAAAUGGCAAAUAUUACAUAAAUGAUGGUGAUGUCUUGCGUUGGAGGUUUCAAAAUGUUUACACAUAUAUAAAUAUGUUAUGUACAUUUAUACAUAUGUAUAAAAAUUUAUUUCCUUGCAAAAUGUAUUUAUGUGGAGCAUACAAUCUGUCAUUUUAAAUAUUAAUAAUUUUUGCAUCAUAAUAUUGUGAUAGAGAGAGAAUAUUGAAUGAAAUAUUAAAUAAAUAUUGAUAAACAUA